UCUGUACUAAAUUCAAAAUGGAGGUUCUGUCUUGGUCCGGCGAUUGGAAUCUCCCAUCGGUGGACGUCUGCUGUUUGGAGGUUUUGGCCUACGCUAAAUUUGCUGAAUGCCCGUUAAACGUCAAUCGAUGUAACAACCCUUGGAAAUCUUCCAUAGGAGAAUUUCCGGUUUUAAAAUCUGGUGAAGAUGUACUCGUCACGUCUAGCAAGAUCAUGGAUUACUUGAGAGGAAAAAACUUCAAUGCCGAUUAUCAACUGACGGCAAAGCAGGGAGCAGACACUCUUGCAUUUGUUUCACUGGUCCAUAGCAAAUUGUACCCAGCAAUUUUAUUUACAUUAUGGGUGGAUAACACAAAUUACACUAAAUUAACUCGUCCAUGGUAUGCACAAAGAUUACCUUUUCCACUGAACUAUUUUAUCCCUGGACACAUCUCAAGACAAACAAGGAGGCACCUGUCAAAUGAAAUGCACUCAGAGGUGACAGAUGAUGCACUGGAAAAUAAGCUUUUCAAAGAUGCUUUGGAAUGUCUAAAACUGUUAUCCACAAUGCUGGAUGGAAAGGAGUUUUUUUUUGGUGACAGUCCAACCACCCUUGAUGCUGUGGUAUUUGCUCAUCUUGCAGUGAUCUGGAAAGCCCCAUUACCAAAUAAAAAACUGUAUAACUAUCUACAAGGAUAUGACAAUUUGUGUACGUUCUGUGGACGAAUAUUACAGCGCUACUUCCCGGGAGAAGUAAAUGAACAACAACAACCGUCUUCAUCGCCAUACGGUCAGGAUGACUCGGACUCAUCUGAGCGGCGUAAUAAAUGGUUGGCCAUUGGUUUUGCUACACUGGUCAUGACACUGUACGCAUUGUCCACUGGUCUGAUCAGGGUAGAAAUCAAAAGAGAGGGAGAUGGGGAGAAAUCAAACUCAGAGCAAGAAAGCAGUGAAUGAAACACUGCAGUGUGAACCGAAUAAUGCUUAGGUUGUUAGAUAAGACGCACCAGGAAAAAAUACAAGGGGAGUACGCAAAAUUGUUCACAGUGAUCACUACACAAGUGUUCUUCUAGCGUCAGAAAGGAUGGCAGGUUGUAAUAUAAACAAUAAAUUUAAACUUUUUCUUGACAGC